GGCACCGGCACCGGCAGCGGCGACUCGCCCGGGACACCCCGGCGUGGGUGCUGUGACAAUGGAGUUGAGCUGUGCUGAAGUACCUCUUUAUGGACAGCUGACUAUAAAUGCAAGAUUUGACAAAGACAUUUACCUCCCGGAGGAUGCCGAGUUUUACUUUGUUUACGAUGGAUCCCUGAAGAGGCAUGUAGUGUUUGCGGAGCGAAUUAGUGACAAUGCUCUUCGGUCCAUUGCUCCAGGCCAUGGAUGCCAAGAAACAGUUUCUGUCUCUGUGUUAAUGUACACAAGGGGAUACUCACCUGUGGUCCUCGGCACCUCUCCCGUCGCUUAUACAGAGAAUCUGUCUUGCAAGUUGUCUCGCUUUCUAGUCGAUCAUGCAGAAUGUGUCACUGCCGCUGGUCACGAGAUGUUGCUGGAUAAGUCUGGGCUAGGGAUAGAAGAUCUGCAGUCCCUGGAUAAUGACUUGACGAUGGCCGUCGCUCAUGAAAAAUUGCCAUCAACCUGGAACAUCCUUGGAAGCUCGGAAGGUGAGCCUAAACAUAAAGAAACUCUUCUCCACAUUGUGAUGAAAUUGGGCUUGGUUAAGCUUUCCCAGCUCUUAGCAGCCCAGCCUGGAGGGUCAUCAGCAUUAGCAUUACCUAAUGAGGAUGGAGCAACACCAUUAGAUUUGGCUUUACAAAAUGGGCAUUCCGAACUUGUUGACGUAUUCACAAAUUUGCAGGGCAGUCCAUCGCUUGACAUUUCAAGAGCGGAGAUUGGUGAGGGUGUUUGCAUGCAAUUUGUUCGUUCAUCAGGAGCUCUGACGCUGACAUUUAGCCAUACCACGCAGCACUUGCUGGAAUCGGACAUUAAGCUCUUCAGAAAAUACUUCUGGAACAGACCUCUUCUUUACCAGACUAUUAAUUCAAACUUCAAAAAAGUUGAGACAAUGGAAGGUCCAAAAAUGCCCUGCAGUACAACAAGCUCUGUAGAAGGGCCCAUGGACUCAUCAUCUGACGAAUUGUCCCAGGAUGAUACGAAGGCUUCCCAAGACUCUGCUGUUCCAUCUAAAGAAAAUGAAGAUCUUGUCCUGUUGGGCAUAGACCGAAGACAAUCUACCCUUGACGUUCUCAGGAAACUCAAUGCUACACCUACUUGGUUUGCUGCAACCAUGCUAAGUGAAAAUGAUGAAGUAUUUGAGAGCCCCAUGGUAGUAGACCAAGGUGGAGAUUCAAAGGCUAACAAUGUUCAUGGAGAUAGUGUCAUCAGUGAAACAUGUCUGAAUCCCACCAACUCAAUGCUGAUGGCUGAGAGCUCUUCAUCUCCCUCCCUUGAAGAGAAUGACCAAGAUCCAAAUGAAGGAAGGCCAGUGAAAGAUGAAGAAAACGCUGGUUUAAGACAUACUGUUUCACCUCUUGGUCCGUAUACAGCAGGUUCAUACCUUCCAUUCGAGACCCAUGGAUUUAUUAAGGAUCGGGGCCAACUUAGUGCUGACAUGAGAAAAAAGAGUUCAAGUCUUGAUGACCUUGACGUAGACCGCAGAAGUGGAGGUGUUUCAGACAGAUCUCAUGUUCACAACCCUCCCCGCGUCUCUUCAGAGGCCAUGGCUUCUAGCAGAGAUGGAUUAGAUUUAUCUAACCAUCUGCAGCUCGAGGAAUGUACAGCAUCUGGGAUUCGGUCUCGCUCCUAUUCCUGCUCCUUGCCCAAAGGUUUAUUUGGAAGCUCUGUCAUUCUUCAGGAUUUUACAGCUGGGUAUUCGAGUGGAGAGCAAACGUACAGCCUGACCGAGGAGUCCUGUGAGAAAAGGAUUGAGAAGGAACUCGGGAAAACAUAUGUUGUAGCCUCAGUAAAUGAAUCUGAAAAAUGCAAAGUGGGUCGGACUUUCAGCUUUCUGAUGAACAGAAUGACCAGCACACGGAAUAAAUGCAAGACAAAAAGUAAAGAUACCAAAGAUAAAGAGAAACUGAUCAGGCACAAUUUUACAAAUGGGACCUUCUCAGGAGUUAUCCCAUGCAUGGCUUGUGAAAAGGCCCUCCUAGCAAAGGAAUCACUGCAGUGCUCGCAUUGCAGCAUGAUUGUGCAUAAGAACUGCAAGGAGUCUGCUCCUGUGUGCACUAAGAAAUCCCAGAAGAGAUACCAUACUAAAAACAAACCCCAAGCUGGUGCAGCAAAUCUCCUGCCUGGUGAUAUUUCACAGGCGGUGCUUGUCCCUGUGUAUCCCUCUACCCCUUUGCCUGUCAGCCUGUGUGGUGGAAGGAGGGAAGCCUCACAACAGUCCCACUUCUUCUUGUCCAAAAGUGUUCCCAGUGCCAGUUUUGAAAGAAGAUCUAUGCCAUUUUCUGAACAAGACUCUGAGACUAGUACCUGGAGGUCCAAGUCACGAUCCGAAGAGAUGCUACAAGCAUUAGGGACCUUUUCUUCAAUGGAUUCUUUUAUGAUGGAAGAUGAUGUGGAUUUUUCUCAGUGGAGCGAUCUUUGCACAGAUGCACAAGAGUUUGAAGCAGAGUCCUGGUCUCUUGUUGUGGAUCCAGUGUUCUGCAGCAAGCAAGAGAAGGAUGUCAUCAAGAGGCAAGAUGUCAUUUUCGAGCUGAUACAAACAGAAGUGCAUCACAUCCAUACCCUCUUCAUCAUGUCUGAAAUAUUCAGGAAAGGUAUGAAGGAAGAACUGCAGCUGGACCACUGCACAGUGGAUAGAAUAUUCCCCUGCUUAGAUGCGUUACUGGAGAUGCACAAGCAAUUCUUCUGCAGAAUGAAGGAGAGACGGCAGGAAUCAUGUGGGGCAGGAAGCGAACGUAAUUUCGUCAUCAACAGAAUUGGAGAUAUCCUUGUGCAGCAGUUUUCAGAGGAAAAUGCAACUAAAAUGAAAAAAAUAUAUGGAGAGUUUUGCAGCCAUCAGAAAGAAGCUGUUAAUCUAUUCAAAGUGCUGCAACAAAACAAGAAGUUCCAGAAUUUUAUUAAACUGAAAAAUAGUAGCCUGUUGGCACGACGCCAAGGAAUCCCGGAGUGCAUUUUGCUCGUCACCCAGAGAAUCACCAAAUACCCUGUUCUGGUUGAAAGGAUAUUGCAAUACACAAAAGAAGGAACAGAAGAACAUAAAGACCUAUGCAAAGCCCUUUCUCUAAUUAAGGAUGUGAUUGCAGCAGUAGAUUUGAAAGUGAAUGAAUAUGAGAAAAAGCGAAAGCUAUUUAAAAUUCUCAGCAGAACUGAAAACAAAACAUUUACAAAGUUGAAAAAUGGCCGUGUCUUUAGGAAGCAAGACUUGAUGAGGAAAGAGAGGAUUCUUCUUCAUGAUGGUUUAGUGUACUGGAAGACAGCGACUGGUCGCUUCAAAGACAUCUUAGCGGUGCUUCUAACUGAUAUGCUACUGUUCUUACAAGAAAAGGACCAAAAAUACAUCUUUGCAGCUGUGGACCAGAAGCCUUCAGUCAUCUCACUUCAGAGGCUCAUUGUAAGAGAAGUAGCCAAUGAAGAAAGGGGAAUGUUUCUGAUUAGCGCUUCAUCGGCAGGGCCUGAGAUGUAUGAGGUUCAUACCAGCUCCAUAGAGGAGCGUAACAACUGGAUGAGGCAUAUUCAAGAUGCAGUGGAAAGUUGUCCAGAGGAAGAAGAAGAAGGAAAAAUGAGUGAAUCUGAUGAGGAUAGACGUAUUGCUGAGGCCAAAGCAUACAGAAUUCAGAAAUGUCAAGAAUCACUGAGUAACCAGGACCAGCAAAUCUGUAGUUAUUUGGAAGAGAAGUUGCAUAUCUGUGCAGAACUGGGAGAUAUAUAUGGGUUUGAGGGUGUUCGUGUAGAACCUCAUCUCCUUAUUAAACCUGAUUCUGGAGAAACUCCACAGGCUGCUUUAUUUCUGGCAGCAGCACUCAGAGAAGUUGAAAAUCUCCACGUUGCUCUAAUGGCAUCACAAGUGAGUGAAACAGAGCCAUCAUCAGAGAAAAGUAUUGAGGAGUUAAGUGCGAAAUGCAGAUUUAGUGAUAACAAAAUUUUGGAAGUUGUUGCUGGCGAUGCAGAAAUAAAAGAAGCUGAAGAGUCACCCGAAGUCAGUCCCACUGCUGAAAAUGAAAUAGCAGUUGCCAGUCUGGAGCAUAAGGGAGGAAGUUUCAGUUUCCCACGAUCUACAAGGACACAGAUUGUACAAUCAGUGCAGAACUUGACCCGUCUCUUGUACAGCAUGCAGGCAGCACUAGCUAUCCAGGACAGCCGCAGAGAGCUCCAUAGUUUACUCCUGCAAGAGAGUGAGAAGACCUGUCGGGGCCACGGUUCUUGGCUAAACCUCUUUUUGGAACAAGAAAAAUACCGGAAUCUGGAAAAACAAAGGAUGGAGCUGGCCAACACACACAAACUGAGGCAGCAGUUUCAGCAAGGGCAGCAGUGGUGGCUGCGUGAAUGCGAGAGGCGGGAGAGGGAGCAGGAGGUCAGGGAGGGCCGGCUGGGGCUGCGAGAGAGGGAGUGCAGGUACCAGGAGGAGCUGCUGGAGAGGAGCCAACAGGACCUGGCACUGCAGCUGCAGGACUAUCAGCAGAGCCUGCAGAGGUUGCAGGAGGGCCAGGCAAUGGUGGAGGGAGAAAGAAACGUAAUGAGAAUUCAGAAGCAACUCAUCUGGCACUGGAGUCAAAGUCAACAAAGUAGCCUGUUGUUAUCCACAGGCACCUGUGAGACAACAGGUUAUAAUCAAUCUGACAGCUUAUGUGAUGGAAUUGGAUUCUGCUUAAAUGAAGCUCUACUGUGUACAUCCAUAAGCAAUCGCAAAAGAUCAGAUGCUUUUCAUUUUUACGACAAUAGUGUGUAUGGGCUGAACAUCUCAAAUGCUGAUGUACCAAGGAUUACUGAAAAUCGUGUGGUCCUCAAAACGGAUACUACUUCUCAGUGGAUGUUAACCAGUUCACCGUGGACAUCCGCUGAUCCUUACCAGCAGAUGUCUUCUUCCUGCGAAAGAAGCGAUGCCAGUAAUGAUGAUCUGAGUUCACCAGAGCCCAAGGGUAUCCAGACAAGCACUCCAAACAAUGGACUCACCGCGCCUCCACUGGUAGAUGUGCUGCAGCUGAAGCAGCGUGAGAGCCAGGAGGGGACAGAAAGUGGAGAUGGAGUAGAGGAGAAGAUUGUUUACCUCUGAUGGCUCAUUUUUCAAUCGCUGUAUUACUUUGGAAAUGUAAUUGGUUUUGCUUUUCUAAAUGUCCAUGCUUGCUCUCUGUCUAACCAAAUGGCUUUAAGGAUAGUAUCUAAUAUUCAAUGCGAGAUUUUCCCCGUGAUAAAUAUGACAAUUAAGUUAUUUGGAAGACUUUGUUUCAUAAACAUUAAUUUAUGACAUGACUUCAGAUGCUUUGCAAGAAGCAAUGGGUAGCAGGGGAGACAAAAGGUUUUGGAAUUGUAAAGAUGACACCAAGAGCUGUGAAAGCUAGGGUUGAUUUUCUCUUUUUAAAAGGGCAAGCUAAGAGAGCCUACUAGUUGAGAUUUUAGAGUAUGGAUCAGUAACAAUCUAACAGUUGUGAUAUGAGAAGACAACGAUGGCUAUAGUCUCUGCUGAAAUGUGCUAUAUACCCUUAACUAUUGGGUUAUUUUCCUUAACCCCUGGCUCAGGAUCUGCUGAGAAGAGGAUGUUUUUUAUGGUCUCAACGUAAUUGCAUAAUUGCGUUUGUUCAUGUCUCAGACCUUUUGGUACUACUGCCAGUUUCUGUGCACAUGCUGUAAGUCAGUUUGUUAUUGUUUUAUAAGUGUACCUCAUUUCAGCAAGUGCCCUUACGCAUUAAAAUGUACCAGAUGAAACCAUCUGACUGGUCAAAAGAAAAGGGGAAAAAUGGUAGGCUUUUAGUUAACAUAACGCUUCUGAAACUCUGCUGCCUUCCCAUGUAGGAGAGAGCUAGCUUCCUGCUUUCAGGUUCACAGAAUCAUUUGUGCAUUAGGCAGUGAGAAUCCAGGACACUUUUUGUGCCUUUUUGUCUUUCAGACACACUUCUGCAUUACUGUCCAGUUGAAUAAAUUUUCUACAUCU